UGACUCAGCUCAGUAAGACAACCUCCACAUGUGAGACUCAAUGGAAAAUGUUGUUUCUCCAAGUCUUCACACUCAUAUAUCUGACAUCUGUCUGUGCAGCUCAAGAUGGAACUGCAACUCCAGAUGAAACCACAUAUGUGCCACCAACUACCUAUGAUCCUCCUUUGCCUUCCGUGACUUCAGAUCGUUCAGAUGUCUACAAAAAUGAGAACGUGGUCUUAAAAUGUCGUAUCAGUAGCAGCUCUGGCUGGACCUUCAUCUGGGAGAAAGAUGGACAGCAGCUUUCUCAAAAUGCAGAUUUUUCUUUUCAAGAUCAGAAUUCGGUGCUUACAAUAACUGCAAUUAGAAGAGAGCUUUCUGGAAGUUAUACCUGCAGAGGAGAGAAGCAGGGAAAAAGUAGCAAAACUAGUAAAAUUGACGUCAAAGUUGAAGAGCUACCUGCACCGUUUCUGAUCCGGCAGACUGCCUGGGCAGAUCUGUUUGUAGGCGAAGCAGUGACUUUUAAAUGUGAGCCAAACCUCCCUACUGAAUGGACAAUCACCUGGUACAAAAACGGACAACUUCUGGAUAAAGAGGGACCAUCACUGGACAUCGAGUCAGUUACUGAAAACGAUCAAGGAGAUUAUAAUUGCCUAGCCAAGCUUAAAUCCAGAAAUGUCAACUCUGCACCCAGCAACAAAACAAAUCUAAGAGUGAAAUCCAACAAUCCAAAGCUCACUCUAAGCAGAAGUCCAGACUUUGACACAUUCUACCCUGAAGAAUCAAUCAACUUCAAAUGUAAUGUUGACGUCACCUCCGAAUGGAAAUAUCAGUGGUUUAAGGACGGGAAAAAAAUCACUGACGACAGCAGUAACAGGCAUACAAUAGCCUCUCUGAAGCCUUUGGAUAAGGGACAGUACCACUGCAAAGUCCAGAGAGGCAGAGGCCCAUUAUACGAGAGUAACAAGGAAUCAGUACAAGUUGCUGACAACAAGCCCAAACCUGUUCUUACCAGACAUCCAAUCUUCCCUACAAUGUACCCUGGAGAAUCAAUCAACUUCACAUGUACCGUUGAUAUGUACUCUCGAUGGGAAUAUGAGUGGUAUCAUGACAGGGUCAAAAAUCCAUCAUUCAGCAAUAAAAUAUUUCCAGUGGGUUCUGUGAGCCAUCGUGACAGUGGAGACUACCAUUGCCUUGCUAAGAGAGGCCAGCUGAGAACAGAUCAGAGUGACGCUGUUUUCCUGCAAGUCUCUGACACACCAACGCCAAUCCUGAAGCUGCUGAGCCCCUGGUCAGAUGUUUUUGAAAAUGAGGUCUUGAACUUUAGCUGUGAGGUGAGCAGUUCUGAGUGGACCUUCACGUGGCACAAAGAUCAAACUCUAAUUCCAAAUGAAAACGGGUCAGUGCUCAAGAUCACAGCUGCCAAAGUGAGCGAUAAAGGGCGGUACUCCUGCAAAGCGCACCAUAGCCAGAGAAAAGGAGUCAGCUCUGCAACUAGCAAUACAUCUAGUGUGUCCGUGUAUGAUAAGUUACCAACACCCACAUUAAGCACAGAGCCAAGUUUUACCCCAAUGUAUGUUGGUGAAACUGUGAAAUUAAAAUGCACAGUAGAUGUUUCUUCUGGCUGGAGUUAUCAUUGGUACAAAGAUGGAAGCAAUCUGAACAAAAGUGGCAAAGAGUUAAGCAUAGUCCUGAAUCUUUCUGACAAUGGAAGAUAUUCUUGCGAAGCCCGAAGAGGUGACAAAACAUCAACAGGACGAAGUACAGAAAAACAACUGGAUGUUCGAGAAAUUCCUGUUCCACGGCUGAGUCACAAAACACCGUGGCUGGACGUGUUCCAGACUGAGAGCGUGCAGCUGAGCUGUCGGAUGGAGGGAAGCUCCGGCUGGACAUUCGUGUGGUACAAAGAUUCAAAGGAAUAUCACGGAGGCACUGUCACUAAUAGUGGAGCGGAAGGCAUUCUUUCCAUCAGUCAAGCUUCACCCUCACACCGUGGACAAUACAGCUGCUCAGGAAGACUGACGGGCAGGUCUGUCAACAGCACCAGGAGCUCUGCACUUGAGCUUCAUGUCUAUGAUGGAAAACCAACAGUCACGCUCCUGCAGAGUCCCCCGGAUAAGUUGAUGCACACCAGUGAUUCGAUUUCCUUCACCUGUUAUGUCAAUGUCUCCUCUGGAUGGAAAUACACAUGGUACAAAGAUAACAAACAAUUUAAGACAUCUGGAAACAUUCACGAAAUUGCUUCUGCUACAACAUCAAACAGUGGAUCAUAUAAGUGCCAAAUUGAAAGGAAAACAACAACAACAUUUUCUUCAAAUAGUGGGGAUGUGAAACUUACAAUUGAAGAGCGCCCAAAGGCCAAUAUAGUCCUCUUAACAACAUGGUCUGAGGUAUUUUCCACUGACAGCUUAAAGCUACAAUGUGAAGUGAUGGGCAGUUCCGACUUGUGGGACUAUACAUGGUAUAAAGAGGGCAUUAACGUCAGUCAGUCGCUCUUAUCGACACAUAAGGUCACGCCUAAUAAUGACCCAGAGCAGAGCUCAUAUACCUGUGAGGGCAUUCGCACCGAGAGACCAAUGUUUUCCCAACGCAGCGACUCCUACAGAACCAAGAACCUCCUUUUAAAGAGGAGGAUCCUUCUUUCCAUCUCUGGUUGUCUUUUCUUCGGCAUCAUAGCUGUUUUCAUCGGAUGCGUUGCCCUAAGAAUCUUUCGGAAACCAGUUGCCGCAGAUGACAAGCCAGAGGAGGCCACUCUGUUUCUUACCAUGGCUGAGUUAAAGGACCGAAAUGAUGCACCAUGUCCUCUGGUUGAGUACAUCACUGACACGGAUGUGAAUCCACCUGCCAAAGAAGGGGAGGAGAACGGCACAAGCUGCAGUGAGACAACAUCUCUCCCAAUAACAUCGCCGGAUGAACAAGCUGCGACAACCAACGGGAAAGAGACAACAGAGAAUGGUGGAGGAAUGGUUUCUUUUCUGCAGUGAAUUACUAGAGACAACCCUAAAAUGUUUUUCGCUGGUGGUUACGUAUAUUUGAGAGACAAUUGCACAGCAUGUGGCUCGUCAAGCUCAGCUUAACACAAAGUCUCGUCAUGACUUUCGAUCUAGCAAACUAGUAGUUUAUCUGUAUGACAUGAAAAGGUGUAAAUAAGAUGAUCAGGCAAAUGGAUUUAUUUAAUGGUUAGCACUUUCGGAUUUGGCAAAUAAAACUGUAUAGAUUUUUAUUUUUUAUUUUACAUAAAUAACCUAGUAAAAAAAAUGUAGAGUUUUGAAUAUGGCUUUUUUCAAUUCAUGGUUCAGUUCUCUAAACAGACACCAGAUGUCAGUAUGACUUCUUCCAGUUUUGUUUUUAAUAUUUUGAAUGGUUCAUGACUGGAUGUAUUUUGCAUUGCUUUGCUCUUUUAAAAGCGACUCGUUGUAUCGUGUUUGAUAUAUUUAUCUACAAACCGUG